AUAUAAGGUCAUUUGUGGGGGAGGAGAGAGAACCCUAACAAAUAGGGGAUCAGGGAGGCCUUGUUUAGGAAGCAGCAUUUGCUUCACCUGAGCUUUCAAAGGAGCUAGUGGUUCCAAGAGUUGGAAAUAAAGAGGGAAAGAUUUUCAGAGAUGGGAAACAGCCUCUAUACAUGUAGGGAGGGGGAAGAUAGAAUGACAGGUCUAGGGAAUAGCAACUAGGCCAGUUUGAUUGAGAUUUGAGGUCCCUGGAGGGAUUUAAUGUAAAAUAAAUCUGGAAAAGGUAGAUUGGAGCCAUGGGCCUUUCCAUUGCUGUCUGGAGGAUCCCCAACUGAAAUUCUCGAGCUCAUAGAGUUCCUUGACUUGGAGCCAUUUUUGCCAUUAAUGCCUUCCUCCCUCAAAAUGUUGAUUGAAAUUUACUAAUUACACACAAUACCAUGAAAGACACUGUAAAAAGAAUAUAAAGAAGCAUGAGACACCAUCAGAGUACCAUAAUUUAGUAGAGUAGCACUUUAUAAAAUGCUUUCCUCAUGAAUUGUCUCUUUUGCCCCUCAACCCGGUGUGGUAGGUAGGAUAGAACAGGUAUAAUUCCUGUCUUAACAUAUGAGAAAUAAGGUGCAGAGAGAUUAAGUGCAAGCCAAGGUGAUAUAGUCAGUAGACUUGAGUUCAAAUUCUGCCUUCAUCACUUGCCACUCUGUGACGCUGGGUAAGAUAAUCGUAGUUUCCUUGUCUGUAAAAUGGGGAUAAUAACAGCACUUACUUCACAGGGUUUUUGUGAGAGUCAGAUGAGAUAAUAUAUGUAUGGCUCUUUUCAAAUCUUAAAGCAUUAUAUGCACGUGAGCUAUAAUUAGUCUUGUUUCACAGAAGAUCAACUGAGGCUCAGAGAGAUUCAGUAAUUUGUCAAUGAGUCACAGCUGAUAACCGCAGAGCCCGGAUUCACAACAAAAGCUCAGUGCAUGGAAGCCACAUCUCCCAACUAUCGAUACCCGCCAAUCCUGGUCUUUAAACUCAAGACCUCAGGGCACUUGUGUUUGGGGCCUCCAAAAGGCUACGUCAGCCUGGGUGGUGACAGGAAAAGUCAAGGCGCUUCCCCUUCUCAGAGAGGUCUUCAGGGUGGAGGACACUUUCCCAGGCGCUGGAAGCCAACACUGGUGCCACUUCAGGCUUCUUAGCAUGGGAGAUUGUCGGCAGAAGCUUACCAUUUCAUUAAAGGAGCGCCAAACUCUCAAGGGUGAGACAAUUCCCAGCUGAGGCCAGCCCGACUCCCUCCUCUCCUGCCUGGGAAAUACGCCCACCUGACGAUCCUUCCAGCAGGUGGCAUAGGAAAGCCAUCCUGCUCCCUGGGCGAGGGGAGAAACCCGACACUGACAGACGGCUCUCUGGGAACUGCCACUCCUGGCUGGACAGCAAACCAGGAAAUGCCCUAUCCUUUUAUGUGGAAAAACACCCUUGGGGACAGAGCACCAUGGGAAACCAGCUCUGCUGUGGGGGAAGCUGGAGCUGUCCAUCAUCCUUCCACAAGAAAAAGAAAAGAGGGAGUAAAGCACGAGGAAGAACAGAAAAGCAGAAGAGCACAAAGGGCCCCGAGACAAUGGGACAUACCUAUGAGCUGGUGUCGGAAUUGCCCAGGUCUGGAGAGGGGAAUCAAGGCCCUCAGUCAGAGGACAGCAGCUUGCAUUAUGCAGACAUCCAAGUGUGCAGCCGUACCCAGCCAAGAUCUGCCCAGGAGGUGAAGCACCUACAGAUAGAGAAUGCCACUGAAUAUGCAACCAUUAGAUUUCCCCAGGCCACACCCCACUAUGACAGCAAAAAUGGCACUCUUGUAUAAACCCUGAGUGUGAAACACUGUGGAACAGAGAACACUGGGCAGUGUCUAUACUGUAUGAGCAGGGGACAGAAGUCCUAUACUUCUACAAGAAAUAAUCUGACAGCUGAUGGGGACCAGGAGGCAGCCUCUCUUUGUCAGUUUCAAAGUGUCUUGGGGCUCCCUAGAGUUUUAAGACCAGGCUCCCUUUCCUGGGUCUGUCUACAUAUAAAGCUAUGCUGGCAUCAGAAACCCAAAGGUCUGAUGAAUCUCCUCAAAGCAGACAGGGCUAGACUCAGUUUCCAGGAGUGAUACUGGUCCCUGGCUCCCAGGGAAAAGACAAAAAAUGUUGGUAACUUUAUAAGCAACUGGACAAAAGCCUGACUGCCACCUGGUGGGUAAUUUGAUCUAGAGGAAACUCCAGAGGCCCAAAAAACAAUCAACCCCUAAAGAUAUUGCUUCCUAAGGCUCAGGCUUCCUUUCCCACUAAGGGAAAACAUUAGUGUCCGUGACCGUUCUGAAAUGAACAACCCCUGUUCAUCUAAUCGUGGAAAGUGGAUACAGUAGCGCUUCCCUUGGGCGACAGUUCCCAUUCAUCCGAAAGGCGAUCCCAGAGUGGGAAGGGGAACAUCUCUAGGGAAAAGAGCCGGGAGUGGGGCCCCUGGUGGUGGCUGGAGGUUCCAGAGGGGUCUCUCAGGCUGUCCUGGGGAGUAAUCCCUCGUUUGCAAGGCCUAAUUCGGGCUAAAGGUUAGCCCUGCCUGUAAGGAGAAAGGGAAUGUGUGGGUGAAUAAAAUGAUGUGGAACA